AUGGCUGCUGUUGAGACUACCCUCAUGUAUAUCUGCUUUGUCACCUUGAUCCUCUCAUUUCCAGGAAACAUCUUUAUCCUUGUUGUGAAUAUUAUCGAUUUCUUCAGGAACAGAAAGCUUCCGUUAAGUGAUCAGCUCAUAUUUGGCUUCAGUGCCUUCAGCCUUCUACAUGGACUUCAUGAAGGGUAUGCGAUGUACAAUGAUCUAUAUGACUUGAUUAUUGGUAUACACAAUGAUCUAUAUGACUUGAAUAUUAAUAUACACACCUUUAUGUACUUGAACUUGAACAUCUUAUGGUUUUCCACCCUCCUUAGUAUGCAUUUCUGUCUGAAGAUUGUCAAUAUUAACCAUUGGUUCUACAUUUGUCUUCAAAAAAGAUUUCCCAAGUUGUUUCCUUGGAUUGUUCUGGCUUUUCUCCCCGGAUACUUUUUCCUGAUUCUUUAUUCUGCCCUGAAUACAAAGCCGGAGUGUCUACUGAACUCGACGUCCAAACUUAUCGUCCUGAAUGAGUUUGUAAGAUGUUCUUGGCUAUUAUUCAUCUUCCUGGCAGUUUGUUUCUUGUGCACUUUCCUCUGCUCGGUAUCGGCAUCGACCAUCCUCAUCUCUCUGUGUAAACACAUGGAAAGAAUCCAAGAGAACAUCCAGGGCUCGAGGUCUCCAAACAUCGAGGCUCACGUCCGGGCAGUGAAAACGGUCACCAUGUUACUGGCAGCUAAUAUUCUACUGUUCGCUUCAGUCUCUGUGUUGGCUUUAUGUUUCGACGCAUGGGUGUAUCUGUUUGGUAUUCUCAAUUUUGCAUGCUAUAUAUUUGCUUCCUACUUUUUAAUUAAGGGAACAAAAAAACUGGAUAUGACUCUCGCAGAGAUACUGAAGGCCCCAUCAAAAUUUUUGCAUGGAAUAAACUGCCGAUAUCAAUAA